AUUUGUACUCACUUUUUGAGCCUUUUGAAUUGCUCUCGAUUCGUCAGUCUGCUUUCACUCGGGAACUCGUGCCGGUGGACACCCCAACCCUUGGGUUUGGUGGACUUGUUGCUCGACUCGUGCCCCAUCGGCCGAAGCUUGUGAUUCGCCUUUAUCCCGAGCUCGGGCUGCCAAACGGCGACUCUUCGUCGCUGCAGCCAUUCCACAAGUGGCCGUCAUUCUUAACGCUUCCGCGUUUCCGGUCUACUCUGCGCGCUCAGUUCCGCUAAUCUUGAUCCAAUGCCAGUUGGUCGGUAUCGCAAAUUUCGGAAAAACCUAGUGAUUAUAUUUAUAGAUAUAUUGGAAAAUUUAGUGCUGUUUAUUGGAUGGAAAAGUUUUUAAAUAACAAAAAAUAAAAUGAUCAGAGAAAAUGUGAAGUGUUUGCACAUUUUGUGUGAAAAUAGUGCUUGAAAAAUAUAUUUCAUCAUACAAAUAAAGUUGAAAAGGUUUUGAAUAAUAAUUCCUCAGCAAUUGCCCAAUUAAUUUCAAUAUUUUUCUGGAUAUUUGUGAAUGUUUGGAUCCCUUCGAAGCCAUGAAUGCCACCCAGCUAACGGAACUGAUGAGCAGCCACGACUUUAUGCAGUUGCAGCAGCAAUUGCAUCAUAACAACAACAAUUACAACACCGACGGACACAAUGGCCUGUCACCGGAAUCGGCGGAGGGGAUCUCACGGCCCGUGCGACGCGCCACCAGACGCACCUCACAGUUAAGCAAUAACACCUGCGACCUGGAGAUGACAGAUUCCAGUUCCCAGAGCGACGAUACGAGCGGCGGCGGCGGUAGCAGCAAUGGCGGUGGCAGCAGCACCACCACCAAUGGCCAGCAGCAGGGCGGUUCACAAGACAACCAGCGGGCCUCGAGUCGGGGGCGUGGCCAGCAGCCCGGAAACGGAAGCUGCUCCUCGAGCCUAACACCCAACAGCGCCCACUCCAGCUCGUCCAAUGCCAAUUCAAGCUCAAACCGGCGGCGCAAGGGCGCCUUGAAUGCCAAGGAACGGAACCUUCGGCGUCUGGAGUCCAACGAGCGGGAAAGGAUGCGGAUGCACAGUUUGAACGAUGCUUUCCAGUCGCUCCGCGAAGUCAUCCCCCACGUGGAGAUGGAGCGGCGGCUCUCCAAGAUCGAGACUCUGACGCUGGCCAAGAACUAUAUCAUCAAUCUGACGCACAUUAUACUCUCCAAACGCAACGAAGAGGCCGCAGCCAUGGAGCUGAACUCUGGAGCCGUCGGCGGCGUUCUGCUCUCCAAUCUUACGGCGGAGAAUGGAGGAGGAGGUGGCUUGGGUGGCGCCACCAUUAGUGCGAAUGCGGCCACGCUUUGUUUUGAGGACACAAUGCCCAACGGGGCAUCCUACGACUGUGCGCUCCUGGCCGCCACCGAUGGCAGCCUGCUGAACGCCUCCGCUGUGGCAAGCACAGCCUCCUCGAUGCAGAACCUCCAGCCACAGAGCAUGCACAUACAAACGCCGCUGGACCAUCAACAGGCCAACCUGCCCCACCACCAGCAGGCGAUGCUUAGCCAUGUUCACAUGGGAGGCACGAUGUUGCAACCGCAGCAGCAGCAGCAGCAGCAGCAGCAACAGCAACAUCAGCAGCAGCAACAGUCUACUCUUAUACUCAAUGGUAACACUCCGGUGGGCGUGGGAGUGGGCAUUGGAGUGGGUGUGGGUGUAGGGGUGGGAGUUGGGGUCGGCGGCAGUUCCGGAACCUUCCCGGAUGUUAACGAUAACUUUGACGAACCAUUCCGGGAGUUUUUAUAAGCCCCAGAGUGGGCUAAUUAUCGAAUGAAAGCUAUAUAGUAAGUAACUCUGUAUGAAAACUUCAUUAAAAACGUAAUAGAGAAUCAAUGUAAGUUUAAAAAAUAUAUUUAAGGGUGUCCUUUUUUGAUCAAUUAAUUAGAGCUAAAUUUAACCCAUUAAGUCACUUGUUUUAAACAAAAAUUCUAUAUUCUUUUCAUUAUUUUUUUUUAUUAAAGUCUUUAAUGUUAAAAUAUGUGUUGGUUAUUCUAUAUAUUUUUUUUGAAAUCAAAAACAAUUUAAAAUGGACUCAUUACGGAUUUCAGUUGAAGCAAAUAAUACUUAUUUAAGAAUAUAUUAUGUAAAUUUAUGCAAAAAAAUCAAAGAUUCAAAACCUAAGGAGUAAGAUAAUUAAAAAUUAACCAAAAGUCAAAUUUAAUCAAUUAUAAUACGUUGAAAUAUAGAAAGUAAAAUCACUCAAAAAACCAGUUUAGUUUUAAGAAUAGAGAUAGAAUAACCUUAAAAAAAUGACAUUUUCAUUUAAACAGAGAAAAAUAUCCAAAGUCCUAUCAAGAUGUAAGGACUGUUCAGGAAGUAAUGUUCGAUAGUAUGCGAUUAUAUAAUAUAAUUGCCAGCAAUAGCAACAACACAAAGCAUCAAUUACCGUUAACUAGCAACUCUGGCGACUGCGGACGACUACGGUCGCCGUCGAAGUGACGCGCCAAUAAGUUAAUUUACCACCCAUGAUCUUUUUAAUGCACUUGAAACUUACCAUGGAUUAGGAGGGACAUGGAUGCAGGAAGGGGGGCUUCUAAACAAUUAACACACCGAAACGUUGAAUGGCUCACUGGAAUUGGCACACUUCCGUUAUGGGUCGAACCCCGAACGAACCCACGGGGCGCGGAAAAGGAACAACACUAGUGACGCUCGGAACGGUAAACAGUAAUAAAAUAACGGUGCUCAAUGGGUGGUGGGAGCUAGGAAUGGGUCACAGGCUAUGAGGAUGGGUGAUAGGUAAUGGGUGUGUGUUUGUGUGUGUGUAUGUAUAUGCGUGUGUGUGUGAGAGCUUAAGAAGAUGCUGGGGUCUUAGCAGCAAUUAAGUGAAAAAUUGUCGAUAGGGUGACUCUGUUUUCGUAGAUGCCAAGUUAAGCUUGUUGAUUAUGUUUUAUUAGUCGGAAUGUGUAUUAUGGGUUAGUCAAUGUAAAUAUGUAGCUAACAUACCAAACUAAACAUAGAAAUAUCUAACAAUAUAGGGCCUAUGUCAAAAAUCUACAAGCAAACGAAAUGAAAUCGCCGUGGGCCGAGCAAUAUUCGUGUCCUGGAGUUAUUUCGCAGCUAGUCGGAGCGAUCAGUUCAUUCAAUUGUAAUUCUAGUCAUGUUCUAAUCCCGAAAAUAAAAUAACUAGCAAAUAAUAUAUUUGGAAAAUGCAAUAUAGAUGUUUAGUCAUUUCUUAGAUGCGCAUUGUAAAAGUUAAAUUAAAUUACUGUCUAUUAAACAUAAGUAUACACACCGUUUCAAAUGUUGCUUUCACCAACAAAAUGUGCUAAAAAAAAAAACAAGCAAAUAUUAAAAAAUAUAAAUAUUAAAUAUAUAACUCGUAAUGUAAAUAAAACAUAAGGGUGUAGUUUGACGAGCAUUUGUUGGGUACAAGAAAAUAAAGGUAUAUUCACACAUCUCUAUGAAUAAAGUACAAUGUAAAAAUAAUGCUAUAAAUGCCUAAAACGGUGCAAACGAAAAUAUAUUAAAUAAAUU